AUAAAGUGCAUAGUCAUGAGUUCAGCUUCCUUUCUUCAAAACCAUUUCACUUCCUCUGACUGCGGGUCCCUGAAGAUCCCAGUGGAGCACCUGGAAUACGAUUACAUUGACAAAUGCAAGGAUGCCAAAUACCUGGAGAAAAUCCUUAUAUUACUCAGGUCUGGAAAGGAGGGCAUUUAUCCUCAUCUGAUCGAGUUCUGUGAGAAUCACCUGGAGAAAUUGAACCCUCGGAGCCGAGCUCUGAGGAAGGAAAAUCCUGUGACCACAUCCUCCAGCCUUUCAGCAGAUGAGUGGAAUCAUAUUGCGGAUGAGUUGAGGAUUUGGCAAGAUGAAGCCAGAGUGACAGAGACUUCUCUUAAAAAUCUGUUAAUGUUUGAGGAUGUUGUGGAUCAAAACAUUCCACCUGUAAGAGGGUCCAAUUGCUCUCUUCCCUUCAGCAAAAUUUCAGCUCGUAAACAAAAGCGUGUCCAGCCACGUGAUUAUCGAGAAUGGGACAAGUUUGAUGUGGAGAAAGAAUGUCAGAGAAUUGAUGGGAAUGUUAUUAAAAAUGACCAGCCUGCCAUGAGAAAUGUGCAUCCCACGACUCAAGUGGAUCCUUCAUCGCUGACAGCAGAGGUGAGACAUCUUCUGGCAGAGCGUGAAAAAGACAAAGGAAAUGAAGCUUUCAGAGCAAAUGAUUAUGAGGAGGCAGUUGCGUACUACACCAGGAGCAUCGCCAUCAUGCCCUCGGUGGCAGCUUACAAUAACAGGGCCCAAGCAGGGAUCAAACUCAAGCAAUGGAAAAGGGCCAUGAAUGACUGCCAAAGUGUAUUGGAACUCGAACCCUGCAACGUGAAAGCUUUGCUACGUCGUGCCGCUGUGUACAAUGAAAUGGGGAACUUCCAAAUGGCUGUUGAAGACCUGAGAGUGGUGCUGAGAGAAGAGCCACAGAAUGCUGCAGCCACUCAACUUCUGUCUGAAACUACAAAGAAGAUGACAGAAGUGCGACAGGGGAAAACGAGAAAAGGCAGAAAAAUCAUCAUCCAGGAGGAGGAGGAGGAACAUUUCGAAGAGACAAAACUGGAGCAGAUUGAUUGUCCGGUUGAACCCAGCCAGACUCUGGGAGGGGACGGCUGUUCAGCUGCUCCUGCGGAGAGGGGAGACAUGGGUAACGCGCAGAAGAGGCCCCAUGGCAAAGGGGACGGGGCCCCACACAAUGAGUCUUCGUACUCCCAUCACGGACACUGGAAAAGCAAAGGUGGCAGCUCAGACAAGUACAAAGUCCCACAAGAAGCGAAGGACAAGGCAGCUAAUGGAACAGUCAAGAGAGGAUCAUCAGUGUCAUCUCAGGCUGAUCAAGCCAGCGGCAGCACCAAGGAAACUCCACCGGGUACAAAUGUUGGCGAACCUGUCAAUCUUGAUGUGCCCUGUGGAGCCCUCCCCUUGCCUCUGUCCCGCUUAAAGAAUGAAGGUAACCUGCUGUUUAAGAAUGGACAGUUUGGCGACGCACUGGAAAAAUACUCCCAAGCAAUUCAAGGCUAUAGCGAUGCAGGUACUGAUAGUCCAGAUGAUCUGUGUAUUCUGUACUCUAACAGAGCAGCUUGCUAUCUGAAAGAUGGCAACAGUCAAGACUGCAUUCAGGACUGCACACGAGCCCUGGAGCUACAGCCCUUCUCGCUCAAGCCCCUCCUGCGCCGCGCCAUGGCUUACGAGUCCCUGGAGCGCUACCGCAAGGCCUAUGUGGAUUACAAAACUGUUCUGCAGAUCGACGUCGGCGUGCAGGCCGCACAUGACAGUGUCAACCGGAUCACCCGCUUGCUGAUCGAGCAGGACGGUGCGGACUGGCGAGAGAAACUCCCAGUUAUUCCUUUGGUUCCUCUUUGGGCCCAGCAGCACCGCAGAGAGGAGCCACUCAGCGCUGAAGUCCUCCAGGCUCGGGCUGAGAAGGCUGCCAAGGAUGCAGAAAGGAAAGCAGAAGUUCGUUUUGCAGAUUUGAAGCAAGAUGGGAACACAUUUGUGAAAAACGGCCAAUACCAAGAUGCCCUGGGAAAGUAUUCAGACUGCCUUCAGAUAAAGCCAGAGGAAUGUGCGAUCUACACCAACAGAGCCCUCUGCUACUUGAAGCUUGAGAGGUUUGCUGAGGCCAAGCAAGACUGUGACGCAGCACUCAAACUGGAGCCAAGCAAUAAGAAGGCUUUCUACAGACGAGCGCUGGCCAAUAAAGGGCUUAAGGACUACCUGGCAUGCAGUACAGACCUGCAGGAGGUGCUGCAACAGGAUCCCAAUGUGCAGGAGGCAGAGAAGGAGUUGGAGGAAGUCACAAAUCUACUCAAGCAAAGUCUCAUUGCCGAAUCACCAGCUAAAUCCCGGAAGGUCAUCCCCAUUACGGAGGUGGACGGUGAUCAGGAAACGUCAACUGUGGCAACCUCUGAUAGUUGUUUCAGAGAAGAGUUGAGCACUAAAUUCCAACCAAGCAACGCGUAUGAAUUUGGCCAAGCUUUAAACAAUGCCUGCAGCAGUGGUAACAUGGCAGCUGGCGCCGACAUGUUGGCUUCAACGGCUCCAGAGCUGCUUCCGCAGUUUUUGAGCACUCAGCUCAACGGGCAAACCAUCAGCUUCAUCGUGAAAGUGCUGGACUCGCAUCUACUGGACAAGGACCCCAACCUAGUUUACAAACACCUCAAUCAUCUUCAUACUACUGAGAGGUUCUCGGUCGUACUGAUGCUGCUGGAGAAGGACGAGCGACAUCAUGUGACGCAAUUGUUUGAGCACCUGUCAUCUGCUGAAAGCACAGAGUUCAGCAAGAAUGAUGUUCAGAAUCUGGCCAACAAAUACAUCUGAGCUGUCUUCAUCCUCCCUACCCAGCCCGGCCCAAACCGCAUGAGCUGCUGCUGCUGCGUCACCACAACACUCGGAUCUAUGCAAAACUCCCCAAAAGAUGCGGGCUGCUGCAGAAUGUGUCCUAGAGUAAACAGUUACACUGUUCUUUGCUGUAAAUGAUCAGAGAUUAUACAGUAUAUUUCAAGUGACGAUAUAAGGAAUAUAUAUUUUCUUUAAAGACAAUUUUGCUAUGGAGAAUUACUUUUUUUUUACCACUCUAACCAAUUAUGUAUAAAGGGCACGAUAUGACGGACUUUGAGUGUACUAGAAAAUUGGGCCCAAGAUGACCCACAUUUUCUCAGUCGCAUACUACUAGUAGCCCAGUGCUUGUGGUCCUCGCACUCCUUUGUCCUGGCAUAUCAGAAUGUUUAUGAAUGAGCUGAUGUCUAAGCUGGUGAUAUUCAGUGCACGAUGACUUUCAUUUCAGGGAAUUUUCCUUGCCUAUGGGAAAGAUAACAAAAUUAUAUCACUGUAUAGACAAUACUGUAUUAUGAAAGAUAUAGGUUGGCCUGAUAGGACUCUUUACGCUAACAGCAACAGUACCUGCUCAACUAGUAAAAAUACAACUGGAAACCUUCAAUCACCA